AUGCACUCAACAACGAAAAGCAGCAGCAGCGCAACGAAUACUUCCUCUCUCGAUGAUGAAGCACUCAGAAAAGCAGACAAGUUUAAACUCGUUGUACUCGGAGAAAGCUCUGUGGGCAAAACGUCCCUCGUGAUUCGGUUAGAUAAGAAUUGCUUUUUUCAAUAUCAGGAAAGUACAAUAGGAGCAGCCUUCUCAACUCAGUUUAUUACUGUUGGAGAUCGAGUGAUUAAAUUUGAAGUAUGGGAUACAGCCGGACAAGAACGAUACAAAUCUCUCGCUCCCAUGUAUUAUAGAGGAUCAGAAUGUGCCAUUGUCGUCUACGACAUUACCAACAUGGAGUCUUUUCAUAGAGCCAAAUAUUGGGUCAAGGAAUUACAACGACAAAGUCAAACAAAUAUGGUUAUUGCACUCGCAGGAAAUAAGGUCGAUCUACAAGAAGAUAAACGACAAGUCGACUACUCCUUUGCUCAAUCCUAUGCCGAAGAUAAUGGUUUAAUCUUUAUGGAAACCUCUGCCAAAGAAAAUAUUAAUGUCAGAGAAGUGUUUGAAACGUUGGCACGAAAGAUGCCUCUACGAGAGAGGGACAAUGAUGAUCACGUGAAUGGAGAGGGUGAUGAGAAUGAACAAGAUGAAAAUUAUUAUGGAGGAACCAGUCAUUCGGGAGGUGCGAAUGGACUCACGGUCAGACACUCUUCACGAGAUCGUAAACAACAACAACUCUCCAAGCCAGGUUUGUCGUCCUCUUCAAGAACUACGUGUUGUGGUGGAGGUUCUACCACGAAAUAG